ACAAUAGCCGUGCUGCUGAUUAAAAUAUUUUCUGAACGGAAGAAAGUCAACCAGUAAUAUCCAAAAAUUUGGCAUAGUUGUUCAAGAAUCCACGAAAUUAGUUUAUAAAGUAUAAAUUAACUUGCCUUUUGUACCCUAUAGAUAGCUAAGUUAAAAGAAAAUGAAUAUUCAACAAGUAUACAUAAGGCGGAAUCGACUACUUGAGGUUUCGAGAUACGUCAUUGUGCUUGUGGUUUUUGAGCUGUUUGCCACGCUUUGCUUAGCUCAACCAUCACGUCCGCCGAACGAACAGCAGUUCUCUGACAUACUUGAAUCAAUUUUUGAGAUGGUCCGGGAAAUUACGCGUAGUGUAACAUUGCUGAUAACGGAUGUCACGAAUGCGUUGGGGAUUAAUACGAAAGGUGGAGGAAUUGGCGGAGUUAUCGGAGGAACCUUAAACCUUCUCUCCGUUGGAACUGAUAUCGUCACAGGAGUAGCGUCUCAUAUAAUUGGUGGAGGUGAUCUGUUUGGAGGGCUUAUACCAGUUCUCGGUUAGUGGUAUCGGAGAAGUAUUAAUAUUUGCUACUCAAUUAGAAAACGUGU